CUCGAUCAAUUUGAAACGGCCAAGCAAGCGUUUUCCAACUGCCUACCGAAAACGGAGAAAACGGAGAAAACAAGGCAGCCUGCACGGACAGACAGAAACAUUCACACUCCGCAGGUAACAUUCCCGAAAGCAGUUCGGGCAAAAGUUAGUCGAGAAGACUAACGACUUGUAGCCAAUAAGGAAACAUGUCCUCAGACGAAGAGGAGCCAACCUGUCCUGUUCUGCCCAAGGACUCAGAUCGGGGCAGCUCCGUGUCCUCUGAGCUUCAGGAUGAGUAUGAGGAGCUCCUCCGCUAUGCUGUGGUCACACCUAAGUUUGAGACACUCACCACUGCCCACUUGCAGCGGCUGGGCACCUCGCAUCUCUCUGCAGAGAGUUCCCAGAGAAAAGAUGACACAAAGUCACGGCGCCCUACAGGUGCUACCACAGAGGCUAAAGAUGGGAGGCAUCCUAGCAAGAGUGUGAGAUCAUCACAGGCCUCCCCUUCGAUUGUUGAGCCUGCCGCACAUUCAAGAGCAUCUCAUGCUGAAGAGCUGGCAGGUCGCUCAUCCAGCAGGGUGUCGCAGGCGACAGAGAGGUCUCGGCCGUACAGCCCAGAUUCGCUAGCAUCGGCUGCGACAGAGAUGUUCAUCUCGGAGGCGAACAUAGGCAAGAUGGAGAACAUUCUGGACACGUGGAGCAACAAUCUAAAGUCAAAUGUGCUGAGCGAGCUCCGGAAGUGGAAGCUGGCCUUCAUGGAGCAACACAAUCUGGAGAUGAAGAAAGAGAAGGAGAGGUUUGCAGCCCGCACAGCUGGACUGAAUGCAGAGCUAGAUGGCCUCAAGGGGCUGCUACACACCUAUGAGAUGUCGAACCGGAGAAAAGAUGAGGUGAUUGUGAACCUGAGCCAGGUGUUGGACAGACAAAAAGAAAAGAUUGAAAAGAUGAGAACCUUCACCCACUGGAGACUUCGGCACACUGAGGCCAAAGAAGAGGCUCAUGCUGCUCAGGUGGCGCAGCAGCACUACACUCUGCAGCUGAAGAGGAAGGUGUGGUUGGGCUGGCACUCUCUGAUCCAGAAACACUGGAAGGUCAAGGUGGAACAGGCUUGUCGCGCGAGGGCUGAAGAGGUCUGCGCUCGCCUGUCCACAGAGUACGAGGCCAAGCUAGCACAGCACUGUGAGGCGAUAGAGAAGGCUCAGGCAGAGAUUCAGAGACUACGACUGGAGCGAGAGCGUUAUGAGGAGUCUAUGAAGAAAGCCUUCAUGAGGGGCGUCUGUGCUCUCAACAUGGAGGCUCUGAGCAUGUUCCACACUACGGAGGGACGGCCAGAGCAACCCCCAAUUCAUGAUCAGCAUGAUCCUCUGCUUCCCCAGGAUGAGCCUGGCUCUUCUACACUGGCUCAACUUCAACAAUAUCCCAUCUCUUCCGCACGCUUCAGCCCAGUACACUUUGACCGUCCGGACCCUCCCUUCCAAAGUGAAGCAGAAGAUAUGGUGGGCUCUGGUGUCCCUGUGUCCAGAGCCGAAGUUCUCCCUCCGACUACAGUGGUGCACAGCUCGCUCCCACUUGGCGGCACAGCAAGUUCCCACAAACAGGUCAGUGGUCGUGUCGUCACAGCCGGUCAACAAAAACCCUCAAAGUCGAUCACUGCUCGUGUCACUGCUCGACCUGACAUGGGUACGGCUGCACGCAGCACCCUCCAGGUGUCGAGCGUGGCUCCGCCCAUGAGCUCUGUGGUAGUUGAACGUCACCAUCCCGUGACACAGCUCACCAUCGGUCAGGCCACAGCUGCUAUGUUUCCUCGUUCCUCCCAACAGGGCCACAGCUCCGGCGGAGGCAAAGGCUCCUCCCGAACACACACCAGCACGUGCCAUGUACACUCCAUCAAAGUAGUUGACUGACAACACACACAGCUCUCAUAUGGUCUAGAUUCAAGAUUUUAACACAUCAUAUGCAACAAUGCCAGAAAUAGUUACCCUGGCAUUGGUUUCAGGUUUAUAUCGAUGUCUUGGAAUUAAUGUUCUUCUCCGAAAAGUAGACACGUGUUUAGAACUUUACGUGUCAAUGUUUUAGUGAAUAAUAAUUACCACAUGGACAGUUAAGAAUUGCAAAAAGGACAUUUAUUUUAUGAAAAAGUUUCACUUUGAAUUAUGCACAGGUGAUGGCUGUCAUGUGUAAAACCACAUAUUUUAAAUAUUUGUGCUGUUGAUAAAGAUGAUUUCCACUGGGAUUGACCAUCCAACACCACAGAUUUAUUUUACCUAACUAAAGCAAUAUUUGAUGAUGUACAAUGUUAUUUUUGAAAAUAAAUUAUUUUAGUAGUAGUUGGAAAAAAUGUUAA